AUGCCGAGUCUUGAGUUUAAGACCUUUAGGUACAAGCGAAGGAAUGAUGUUGAGAAGUUUUCAGAUAACGUCUGCAGGUGUUUGCUUUCACAACAAGCUCCAGUUCUUCAGAGCUUGUCUCUCAGCAUUAAUUUGUGUGAUGAAAUUAGUCUGGAUUGUGAUAUUGGAAUAUUAUUGGGAGUUGCGUUUGGACUUCACGUGCGUGAACUGAAACUCCAUGUGUCCUUUUGGAAAUAUUACUCUGGAAAUUUAUUCAGGUUUCCAAGAAUCUUGUAUAACAGUCAAACACUAGAGAGCUUGGAACUCAAUCAACAGAUUCUGAUAGAUGUCCCAUUUCCGGUUGGUUUGAAGUCUCUUAGAACUCUACACCUUAAAGGGGUGAGAUACAAAGACGACGAAUCAGUUGUCAACCUUUUAUCUGGUUGUUCUCAUCUCGAAAAUCUGGAGGUUAUCCAAUGUCCAAAAUCGGAUGUGAAGACAUUCACUAUUGAUGUCCCGUCCUUGCAGAGACUAAUAAUUAGGGACACUGGUGAAGUGGUCUAUGUGAUAAAGGCUCCUUCAUUGAAAUACUUGGAGGUUGUAGGGAAGAUAGCCUUUGGUUCUAUUCUGAUUGGGAAUCCACCCGAGCUGGAGGAGGCCUAUCUUAACACCUAUAGUAAAAUCUAUGAUUACACUUUGCGAUCCUUUACUUCAGUCAAGCGCCUUUGCUUGGUAUCGUACAGUCCGGUACGCUUUGCUUGCAAUUAG